GUCACAAUAGCCAAGAUUACAUUGUCACUCGUGAAGUUAAACCAAAACAAAUAUGGCGCACAUAUAUGAUAAAAAGCUUCAUGGAGGUAAGCAAUCCAUAGAGUGCAUUCUCUUUAGGAACGAAGAUGCCUCGCAGAACGAUGAACGACAGCGACGACGUCCCAUCCCCUUCAUCGAGGACUUCCCGCAAAGACAAAACGAGACUAGCUUCAAAAGAGCUGCAGCAAUUGCUGACGAGUUUCGAUGAAAUUAGGAGCAAAUACGAAACUUCCGAAAUCUCUCGGUCGAUAGAGAAACUGCUCAAAAAUGUCUCAAAGACAACAGGACCUCCAACUCGGGUAUUGUCGCUAGGCCUUGGAAGUUUUGGGCCCAUCAAAAGUCGAACGCGACGCCUGAAGCAGCUCGCCAUAUUCUUGGGCAUCGCGACCACUUUGCAAUGGAUCACCAACGCACCAAUUGCAUUAUUUGCUCAAGAUCCAACAUUUUCACGAUUCGAUGAAGCCUUCUUGGCUACUUUUGGAAUCGCAGUGGUUCGGACGCCAUCUGGCUCCGAACUUGGAGAGGCGGAGCACCUCGUCGACGAAUCAACAUUGAUAUACUCUCCAUUCUUGACCUUGGAAGCGUAUCAGUCUCUGCUGUUGCGGUCGGUCCGUUGCGUGAAAUAUCUUGUUGGUGACGAUUUUAAUUCUCUGCUCCUGAAGUGGCCAAAGCACAGUGCUGAGCGAGACCAGGUGGAAAAAUUAAUCAAGAUGAGCAUAUCUCGAUCCAGGAGGCGCGAGAUUCGUGGCGAUGGUUUCUGGAAUGAAGAAGAUAAAACAUUUCCGAUGGCUAUGUAUUCAUUCGAAAAUAGGUUGCAAAAGAUUGCGAAGGCAUAAAUGCUAUAUGCAGUACAGCUUGAUCUACGGACUGUACAAAGUUUGCAGAUGCCGAAAAUUCAGCACCAUCCAUACUUCUCAUUUCCUAGCCAAUCUACUUCAUCCGCAACUGGUCCAGUGGUUUUUCGCGGACCAUACCACAUCAGACUUGCUAUGCUUUCGUUAUCCCUGUCAAUGACCUUU